AUGUUCCCCGCUGCAGACUCCGCCUACCAAUUCCCGGGCUCAAUGCCAAAGAAUGAGUCGCAUGAUUACCACACCGCUGAGGAUACGCCUUUCCAAGUCAAUUACAAACCAUACAACGAACGACAAUCCUAUCCGGCUCAAAACAUUUCAAACACCGACGACGGUGACUUAGGAACACGUUCCCGUCUCACGCAAGAGCAGCUAGCUACACUGGAAGCCGAAUUUGCCGAGAGAUACAAGCCGAAUACAGAAUACAAGAAGUCUCUAGCCGAAAAGAUGGGUGUUGAAUUUCAAAAAGUCAACAAUUGGUUUCAGAAUCGCCGAGCUAAAGCCAAACAUCAGAAUCCACAAGAGCGGAGAUAUGAUGUUUCACCGGAGCAGGAGACCCGUCAAGGUCCAGCAACCGCAUUCUCCUCAACGGAGUACGAAGGAAUGCCUCAAUCUUUUCCCUCGGAAAAUUUCUCUUCCCCAGGACAGGGCCCUGUCCUGUCAACAGAUUUUGCUACCGCCUUUGACUUCCCCAACUUGGAGGAGAUGAAUCGACAGUACAACGCUAAUAUGAGCGGCCUUCCGAAUUUCGACAGCAAUACAACUUUGCAACCCGAUUUUUCCAAUACUGCAGUAGCCGAUCCUAUGUGGUCGACCGACUCUUACGAUAUCUUGAAGAUGCCGUCUCAAACGGUCGUGGAACGAGACCUAUUUGGAUGGUCUCCAGAUUCUUUCGCUGACGCAUCUGCCCAAAUGCAGGGCCAAAGAUUCAUCCCUGGCCACACCGACGCUCAAUCUCAACCAAUGUACCACACUGCUAUUGACGGGAGCCCUGUUGGAAAUCCCUCAACCCAGAGCUUUGUCACGACUUCUUCCGAGGGAGGUGAGCCUCAGGAAUUCAUGACUCCACCACAAGGGACUUCUCCGAUGCGGAGUCUCAACCAGUCAAUUUUCCCGCAUCGAGGAUCGGAUUCGUCUGAUUUGGCAGCAAAUUUUGACACCAUAAACAUCCAGCAAUCACGGGCUGGACUCGGCGGACUACGUGGGACAUCCAAUCCUGCGUCUGCAACCGCACUUGUCUCCACUACUGGUCUUGCAACGCCUCAAGUCAGUCCUGAUGCAAUCGUCUCCAAGUCGCCCUUUGCGGCGGGCUCUUCGGAACUCGCUGCGAGGAAGAGGCGUCCACGACCGUUGGCCCUUCAGAACGAUUCGAGCCGAAGCAUAUCAUAUACAGGACCUGUAACAUCGUCUUCGCACCUGCGAGCGUCUCCCCCAGGUUCACGCAAACAAUCACCAGUUCGCCGUAUCAGAUCGACGGGAAACAAUAUGAAUGUCAUGACUGGAAGAGUAACAAAACCUGGCACGGUAUCUGCUCAAAUGUCCCCUCGGAACUUCGAAUCCUGCUUCCAACUGGCUUCAUUGUCGGAAUCUCAGCCGAACGCGUCUAUCAACGCACACAUCUCUCAAACACCACGUGCUGAACAGAGCCUUCUCACGCCAUCUUCUGCCACCUUCGCACCACAGGCCCAUGGAACUUGGCCAAGUUAUGCCUCCAGUUGCAGUCCAUUGGCUCCGAGCUGGGAGCAAAGCGUCCAUGACAGCAGCGCUCCUGCCUACGCUGCUCAACACGGCUACAACUUGCCUCCAUCACCUCCGGUCUACCAAAACCCAGCCUCUCAAAUACCGUUUGAACAGGCGCAUCACCAGCAGCCAUUUGCGUUUCACUGCCCUCCGCAGUCCGCCCCUCCGCAUCUAACAAGCUUCUUUGACGCCUCGCCUUCAAUGCCAGCUGACGGGUUCAAUGCGGGCUGGCCUACUCCGUCAGUCACACCACCGGAGCCUUAUCGACACGGUCCACAGAUGCCUUUGCCCAUGCGACCAAAUCACACGCUCCAUCAUAGUCACAGCGGACCAAUGAAUUUCUUUGCAGGUACACCACAAAGCUUCCCGAGCUCCCACCCUAGUAUGGGACCUUUCCAGCCUUACCAAGCACCUUUUCAGAGCACGCCUCCUGCGCCCAAGGAGCUCGACAUCAAAAUUGAUAUCGGUCCGCCUGUUCCAUCUCAACAUGGGCAAGAGGUCAAAACGUAUACUUUUAAUCACAGCACGCCCAAAGACUUUUCGCCUGGCAAUGGAAAGAAGUAG